AUGUCUAUCGGCUCAUGGUUGUCAUUCGCCAGCAGUGAGAUUGGGUUAAAGACCCUUUUCCACUCCUCCUGGGAUGUCUAUAUUAUAAUUGCUUUGAGAAUGAUUAGACUCAUUGGAUUUGGCUCAACGUCAUUGAUACUUGCAUUGUAUUUGAAAACAUUGGGAAUUGAUGAGUCCUAUAUUGGGUUCUUUAUGACGCUUACAUUUGUUGGAGAUUUGACCACCUCAUUUUUGCUUAGUUUAGUUACUGACCAGAUUGGUAGAAAACGGGUGCUUGUAUUGUGCUCGGUUCUUAUGUUGGCUACUGGUGUGGUUUUUGCGACGAUUGACAACUACUACUUGCUACUUGUUACUGCCGUGGUCGGUAUUUUGACACCAUCUGGAGGGGAAGUUGGACCAUUCAGAACAAUCGAGCAAUCCAGUAUUGCAUCGUUGUGCAAUCAGACUGAAAGAUCAGAUGUAUAUGCCUGGUACACAUUCUUGGGCCUGUUUUGUGCGGCAUUCGGAUCGUUUGUUGCUGGUCUGAUUAUCGAUAUCACUAGGAGUAAAUGGGGAUUCAAUGAAAUAGAUAGCUACAAGAGUGUAUUUGGUUUAUAUUGCAUUCUUUCAUUGAUUGGUGUCGUAUUGUCCUUGUUUAUUAGUGGAGACAUUGAAGCAAAGAAGCAACUGGUUGGACCUAGACCUGCAAUUGAUCAAGAAAGUCCUGCUGAAGGUGUAUCCGAAGCCUGUGAGACAACUCAAUUACUUCCAAAUGAGGAAUCUAAACCAAGAUCUAGUUUCUUUAAUAUUCUUCCACACUUGUCUCCAGACGUCUACUUGAUUGUCUUGAAGAUUUCCCUUUUAUUUGGUCUUGACUCGUUUGCAUCUUCAUUGACGCCACUUUCAUGGACGUCAUUCUAUAUCAAGCGCAAGUUCGGUAUACCUUCGUCUUACCUUGGAUCCGUUUUUUUCAUUACUGGGUUUAUUAGUGGCGUUACCUCCCUCGGCUCUACGUCUAUGACAAAGAGACUUGGCCCUGUUGUAACCAUGGUGGCUACUCAUUUACCUGCAUCUAUUUUGUUAGCAGUGUUGCCAUUCCCUAAUUCGUUCGUGGUAACUUUAGUCAUCUUGGUGUUAAGGGCGUCCAUGCAAACGAUGGAUGUAGCACCCAAGCACGUGUUUUUAGCUGCUACCGUUCCCGACGAUGAUAGAACUGCUGUAUUCGGAUUUGUAAAUGUUGUAAAAACAUUGGCCCAAAUUGUUGGUCCUAGUAUUGUUGGCAUUUUAACAGAGAAUGGCUUACAAUGGGUCACAUUUGUGGUUGGAGGUUCAUUGAAAGUUGUCUACGAUUUAGGCGUAUUGGUUACUUUUUUGACAUUCAACAAAAAUGCAGCCUAUUAG